AUGGAGUCUCAUCCCGAAGCAGAGGCAUUUGCCUCUGGUAUUGCGACCCCGAACGAGGAGAUUGGUCUUCUCCGUGAUCGGCGCAGACAUUCGUUCCACGCUCAUUCUAGAAGACUCUCGUGCGACUAUCAAGAUGCCGAUGCCGUCUUUAUCAGGGUCGAACUCUUCUUGGCCGAACUCGAACGUCGAAUGCAAUGGAUCGAGCAAUACCGGAAAUCCCAUAUGGUGCAGGUUGAUGCCAGUCUCAAGCGGGGCUAUGCGACUCUAGAGGCUGUGAGGGAGCAAUGCUCCCUCGCCUCGGGAGAGCUGAUGGGAAGUGGAAAAAAGCGGGCAAAGAUUCUGGUCGAAACCCUCGAGGAUGGAUACAAUGAAGCUCUGGCAACCAAGGAGACUCUUGAGCAAAAGGCGCAAGCCGGUGUGCGGUUAAUGGAGUCAUUCUUAGUCGAACUUGAGAACAAAGUGCAAGCGGUUCGUGAUCGCGGCAUUUAUGGCACUAUUGAUGACGGGUUGAAAGCGAUGGAUUCGGGUUUGGUUCAUGCCCGGGAAAUCGUCGAUGAGGGUAUGGAGUGUGCCCGCCGGACUCGCGAUACUCUCCGAGAUACCGUUGAAGAAGCAAUCCGACUGGCCCAGGAGAAGCGAUUGAUCAACUACCAUGAACUGCCUCAUCCAUGGCGCGUCAACCCGCACAUUAUCAAUGGCUACCGAUUCACCACUUCCAAGGUGGAAUGUGUCUCGUCGAUCUUCACUUAUUCGAAUGAGAUGUUCAACAUCUGGUCUCAUGUGAUCGGCCUUGUCAUCGUCCUAGCCAUCGCCUUUUACUUUUACCCGCUUCACACCAAUUUCCACAUGAGCUCCAAAUCCGACAUCACAAUCGUUGCUGUUUUCUUCUUUGCUGCAUGCAAAUGUUUAGUUUGCAGCACUAUCUGGCAUACUAUGAACAGUAUCGCUUCGCAGUCAUUGAUGGAACGAUUCGCUUGUGUUGACUACACUGGAAUCUCUAUGCUAGUCGCUGCCUCGAUUGUGACGACUGAAUACACUGCUUUCUAUUGCGAGCCCCUCUCCCGGUGGACAUACAUUCUGCUUACCAUGUCACUGGGCAUCGGUGGCAUCAUUCUACCGUGGCAUCCAACCUUCAACCGCCACGAUAUGGCUUGGGCCCGCGUGGGCUUCUAUGUGACCCUAGCACUUACUGGUUUCUCGCCCAUCGCUCAGCUCUCCUAUACACGUGGUUUCUCAUGGACUAUGUAUUUCUAUGCACCAGUCUUGAAGAGCAUUAUGGUCUAUUUUGUCGGUGCUUGUGUCUACGCCUCCAAGAUUCCUGAGCGCUGGAAGCCAGGUCUUUUUGAUUACUUCGGUGGCAGCCACAAUAUCUGGCACCUGGCUGUCCUGGGCGGUAUCUUCUUCCACUACCACGCCAUGCAGGACUUGUUCGCAGGAGCCUUCCUACGAGCUCAGGGCGAGUGUCCGAAUCUGACAAUGUGA